UCAACCUCCACUCGUCAUCUCCGCAACUCUUCGUCUCUCGAUCUCUCCAUCAGCUCUAUCCAUCAUGCCCCGCCUAGACGUCGAGACAGACGAGCAGCGCCGCGAGCGUCUCGGCACCCUCUUCUCCGCCCUCUCCUCCCCAUCUCCCCCCACCAACUCGGACCCCUUCCCGACCCCCAGCAAACCCUUCGCCAUCCCCGAGAGCGACGCGCUCGCGCGCGCCCGCGCCUUCCUCCCACUCAUGGCGGCGUCGAAUGCCGAGCUCGCAGCGCGGAAGGAGCGCGGCGAAGAUGUGGCGAUUGACGGGCGGCUGCGGCGGGAUUUGGAGGCUGCGGGUGGGGAACGACAGGAUGGUGAGGGCGAGGGUGAGGGGGAGGAGGGGGAGGAGAAUGAGGAGAAUGAGGAGGGGGAUGAAGGAAGGCAGGGGACACAUGUCGAGAUGGACGUCGGGCUCGGCGUGUUCGACGUCAAGGGCGAUGUGGCGGGGGACGUGGGGCCCGUCGUGGAGCGCGAGGCGGAGGUGUGGACGGGCCAGAAGGAGGGGGCGAGCAAGGCUUGA